UUAGUCAGAGAAAGCCGUAGGAAGAAACCAAGGACAUCGCCAUGUGGCGGGAGGCAGAGCUGCAAGCCAAGGAACCCCAAGGAUGGCAGCCAGCCAGCACCAGAUGCCACCAACCCUGGCAGAAAGCAUCGUCUCACCAACAUCUUGAUUUUUGACAUCUGGCCUCCCAAACUGUGAGACAAUAGAUUCUUGUUGCUUAUGCCAAUGCGUUGUGUGGCAUUUGCCAUUGCAGCCCUGGCCGACUAAGACACCCUCUUAUCCUGCUUGGUUUUCCUUCUUGGCACGUAUUGCCAUCACACGCACCUGCUUGUUUAGUGUCUAUCUCCCCUUGACUAGAUUGUAAGCUCCAGGAGGCCAGGGACUGGUUGUUUUUUCCUUAACUCUGACCCUAGUGCUUUGAAAAGCAUCUGCUGCAUGGUAGGCACUCAGUUUUUAUUGAAUGUCACCCUAGGAGUGGCAGUGUGAUCCCAGAGAUGUGGUCUUGGAGUUGGUUAAACCAGGCCUGGGUUAGAAUCCUGACUCCGCCACUUUCCAGCCGUGACGCCUGUCAACUUACAUAGCAUCCUGAGCUUUUGUUUCCUCGUGUUUGAGAUGAAGCUCAAGAGGGCCAGUAGCGAGGACAUGCUCAACAAACCCGGAAGCGCCACCCCUUCAGGGGUAGCACGACUGAAAAAGACUGUGACGGCCGGGGCCAUCUCUGAGCUCGCCGAGAGCCGCGCCAGGAGCAGCCCAGGGGCUGUUACCACGGCCAAACGGACAGGCAUUCCAGCUCCUCGGGAACUUUCGGUAACUGUCUCAAGAGAAAAAUCUGUGCCACGUGGCCCCUCCAACCCAAGGAAGUCCGUGUCUAGCCCCACGUCUUCAAGCACAGCCACCCCCACAAAGCACCUGCGGACCACAGCCACAAGACCCAAGCAAGAGCAAGACGGUGCGGAAAAAGCCGUACUCGAGUCUCAGGUCCGGGAACUUUUGGCAGAAGCCAAAGCAAAAGACAGUGAAAUCGACAGGCUUCGAAGUGAGCUGAAGAAAUGCAAAGAGAGACAAGCCCUGAAUGCCGAAGGAACCACUGCCCUGGACCCAAACAUAGACGGAGUGCCAGGCUCACCGGGUGACACUGAGCCUUUGGUAAGAGCUCUUGAGGAAAAGAACAAGACUUUCCAGAAAAAGCUUGCUGAUCUAGAGGAAGAAAACCAGGCCUUGAAGGAGAAACUGACUUACCUUGACUAUUCUCCGAAUUCAGAAGGAGCAGCAGGCCACACUGAUGACAGCAGCUGCCCGACACCUACAACUCAAGAGUCAAGCUCUGGAAGCACAGCUGGGAACCAGUCGUCAAGCGAGAUAGAUGAGUAUAAAAACACCCACGAGAACGCGUUACGGACUUCGGGUUCCUCAAGCAGUGAUGUCACCAAAGCCUCCUUGUCACCGGAUGCCUCCGAUUUUGAGCACAUUACGGCAGACACCCCCUCCCGGCCCCUGUCCUCCCACAGCAACCCCUUUAAGAGCUCCGGGGGCUCUACUGUCGGGAGUUCCCCCAACAACAUUAGCGAGUUGUCUCUGGCUUCCCUUACCGAGAAGAUACAGAAGAUGGAAGAAAAUCACCAUAGCACAGCAGAAGAACUCCAGGCGACGUUACAGGAGUUAUCAGAUCAGCAGCAGAUGGUGCAGGAAUUGACGGCUGAAAAUGAGAAACUGGCGGAUGAGAAGACCAUCUUGGAGACAUCCUUUCAUCAGCAUCGAGAGAGAGCAGAGCAGCUAAAUCAAGAAAAUGAGAAGUUGAUAAACCUCUUACAAGAACGAGUCAAGAAAGAAGAGCCCAGCGCCCAAGAAGGAAAAAUCCUUGAGCUGGAGCAGAAGUGUGCAGACAUUCUUGAGCAGGGCCGCUUCGAAAGGGAGAAGCUGCUCAACAUUCAGCAGCAGCUGACCUGUAGCUUACGGAAGGUGGAGGAAGAAAACCAAGGCGCUCUAGAGAGGAUUAAACAUCUCAAGGAAGAAAACGAAAAACUGAGUGGGCUUCUAGAACGGGAACGGCACAAUAAUAGCUUGAUGGCCAAAACUCUGGAAGAGUGUCGAGUUACCAUGGAAGGACUGAAGUUGGAAAAUGGGUCUUUGAAGGCCCAGUCGGAAAGUGAGAAGCAAAACGUGGUAGAGACCAGUUCCGUGGGGCCAAUGACUGAGAGCCGCGAGGUUCAAGAAAUGUUGAAAGUAGUUCGAGCCGAGAAAGAUCAACUGGAACUGACGUGCAAUGAGCUCAGACAGGAGGUACUGAAGGCAAAUGGUGAAACGAAACACGUUUCAAGCCUGCUGGCCAAGGUGGAGAAGGACUAUUCUUACCUGAAGGAGAUUUGUGAUCGUCAAGCAGAACAGCUGAGCAGAACCAGCUUAAAACUGCAGGAGAAGGCGUCCGAGAGCGACGCCGAGAUAAAAGACAUGAAGGAGACCAUAUUCGAGUUGGAAGAUCAGGUAGAACAGCAUCGAGCCGUCAAAUUACACAAUAACCAGCUCAUCAGUGAGCUAGAAAGGAACGUGGUGCAGCUGGAGGAGCAGAAGUCAGACCUGGAAAGGCAGCUGAAGGCCUUGACCAAGCAGAUAAAGGAGGACACCGAGGAGUGGCGGCGGUUCCAGGCUGACCUGCAGACCGCGGUGGUGGUGGCUAACGACAUCAAGUGCGAGGCCCAGCAGGAGCUGCGCACGGUGAGGAGGAGGCUGCUGGAGGAGGAGGAGAAGAGCGCCCGGCUGCAGAAGGAGCUGGGGGACAUGCAGGGCCACGACAGACCGGGGAGUGACGAGCCGGAGGCCCCCGUGGCGGCUGCCCCUGGCCGGUGGCAUGGCGUCUAUGUCAGCAGAGUGCCGCCCGCACCCCCGGAGCCCGCGGCCACGGUGAAGUCCCUCAUCAAGUCGUUUGAUGUGGGGCACCCAGGUGGAACUGGACAGAAUAUUUCUGUCCAUAAGACCCCCAGGAGCCCCCUAAGUGCCAUACCUGUGAGAACCACGCCCGCCGCAGCCGUGUCUCCAAUGCAGAGGCACUCCACUGGGGGCAGCCUCCGGCCGGCCGGCAAAGCCGUGGCGCCACGACUGGACCUCCCGGACCUGCCACUCUCAGAUCUUCUCAAGGGAAGAGCCGAGGGCCUGAAGCCAGACCCUUACCUCCGUAAGAGCCCCUCACUUGAGUCGCUGGGCAGACCCCCUUCGCUGGGCUUCGGGAGCACGAGGCUACUGAGCAAUUCCACCGGGGGCCUGAAACCACUGAGCAAACUCAGCGUGGAAAGGAGAGACCCGCUGGCAGCCUUGGCCCGGGAGUACGGCGGUUCCAAGCGCAACGCUCUGCUGAAGUGGUGCCAGAAGAAGACCGAGGGCUACGCGAAUAUCGACAUCACCAACUUCAGCAGCAGUUGGAGCGACGGCCUGGCGCUCUGUGCCCUGCUCCACACCUACCUCCCUGCUCACAUCCCGUACCAGGAGCUCAGCGGCCAGGAGAAAAAAAGAAAUCUCUUGUUGGCAUUUGAAGCAGCUGAAAGUGUAGGCAUCAAACCCAGCCUGGAGCUCAGCGAGCUGCUCUACUCGGACCGGCCCGACUGGCAGAGCGUGAUGCAGUACGUGGCCCAGAUCUACAAGUACUUCGAGACGUAGCGGACGAGCCGCCGCCGGGAGGUCGAGGCCCCUCGGGGACGCAGCGGCCGUGCGCCCGGGCUGGGGCGGCCCGCGGGGUUCUGCGCUCCCCUGGGGCGUUUCUGGAGCGCGGCCCCCGGGACCCGGGUGCGCCCCCAGGCGUGGCGGGACUCGGUGCCACCAGCAGCGCUUCCAAAGCAGUACAUUCCCCCCCACCCCCCAAAAAAAUACCCAGCUUUGGCCUUCAUAAAAGCUUUGCUCUUGCCUUUCCACCACCCCCACACCCCCCAAAACCCACAAAACAUGAGAACAGGGAAGCAUUUGCUCUUGAGCAGCCUAGAAACACGGAGCAAGGGGCCGCACCCCCGCUCUGGGGGGGUAUCCCCAAGUCCUGGGUAGCAAUUUCAACACCUAGAACUUGGUUUAUUUUUUUCUUUUUUUUUCGUUUUUCUUUUUGUUUUUUUUUGUUUGUUUGUUUGUUUGUUUUUGGCUCUCACAGCCACUUAAGAGGGAGGUUAUUUGGACAAAAAGGAAAAUACGCCUGAAUGCAAAUGAGCCCCUGGGUGCUGGGUCCGGCUGCCCCUGGAGGGCCCUUGGCGGCCGUGUCCUGCCCACAGGUGAGGCUCCCGCAGCCGGAGAACCCCGCGCUGGGCCGCCAACUCCUGCUGCCCUUCCUCUCACACUCCCAGGGGUCUGUCGGACUCGCCGGACCUGGCAGAGUCACUCGUGUGUGUCUGUCUGUCCAUCCCGCAGAGCAGUUAGGCACUUGCUCAGCUGAACCAGGUGAGGGUGUGCAUUUCUCAGGAUCCUGGGCCGGUAGCAAACCUGGAACCACUUCACCUCCAGCCUGGCAGAGUUUGAAGCCCUUCCCAGGCUUUCUCCAUUUCCACGGCAAAAGGAAGCCCCCAGGAGAGUCCGGUGACGGCCCCAUUUAUAGUUAAGCACAUUUAUAAUUGAGAAUGUGUGGUUUUCUUCUGACAUUCCGCCCCAGCACCCCGGCUACCAGGCUCCUGGGGGAUGCUCAGGAGCAGCGGGCGGCCCUCCGGGGUUCCCGUAGCAAGUGGGGCACCGCGUGAAGGCCAGACGGCUCUCUGGGGGCACCCGUCUCGGAAGAACGACCGUCCCUGCCCCAAGUCCCUGGGAGUCACAGUCUGCCCUUACCUGCCGCCUGGUAAAGCAACUCUGUGACUGCCGACCUGAGCCAAGGGGUCCCAGAGACGCUGCCGGGAGAGGAAGGGGCCUGCUGGGGCCUGCCUCCCACACCCCAUCAGGACUUCGGGGAGCUUUGUGCAAACGCUCCCUCCAGCCUCCCCGGUGGCCCAUGUCCACUCUGCGGGGCUAGGGCCGUGUCCUGUACUUGGGGAAGCCCCCCGGGGCCUCGAUGCCCAGCAGCGGCUGUGAUGGCUGACGACGUAACAGGGCCCUGGGUCUGGAAAUGGCAGCUCCAGGCCCAGACUGGACAAACUGAACCUGCUUCUUCCCGGGGGGUAGAUCCAGAGGAAGGUGACUCGGGGCCUUGCUCUCUGCAGCUGUCUUUGGUCCACCCAUCCCACCUGCUGCCGUUUCCCCUGGGUCCUCCCUGCUCACCCUCUCCUACACCGGUGGGCUGCAGUCUAGGGGGACAGUGAGACCUUGUGGGGGAGGCAGCUGAGUUCCUGGGAGGUCUGGAGGGGUGUCCCUGCCACGAACGGGCCCCCCAGGGCCAUCUUGAGGGAUUACGUGUAAAUGGUGCAGAACAUGCUCUGGGCAGCUGUCUCCAGGCCGAGGUUUGCAGCGGCCCUUCUCCUUCCCCAACAACUUGUGGGUCCUUCCCUGUCUGUCUGGGUCCUGAUCCCUCUCGGUUGACGCAGAAGGAAAGAAGUGUUCUAGGAAGGAAAGGCCACGUGCCAUGUUUUUGUUUUCUUUUCUUUGUAACUCACAUUCAACUGCCGUCUUCUUUGCCAGUGGGCCUGCUUGUGAGAGAGGAAGAGCCAGCCCUGGUCCCAGGAUCAGAACUGGGGGCGACCGGUGCCAGUCGGGGUGCGGGACAGGCAGCGGGGAGCAGACCUGGAAAGUCCAGCCUUUUGUUGGUCCCCCUGCUCCAGACCAGGGCUGCACCACCCUGAGUGGGGUUUCUAAUUGGAUUUCAGUGCUCAGAGCACAAGGUGAUUGUGAAAAUUUGACGAACUGAUAAAACAAGAUAGCCUCUGGUAUUUUCUUUCAUUUCUACUCAGCAAAUUGUAUCGUUCUCCGUUUUCUGUCCUGAGGCUGUCAGACGCUGCGAUAUCUGUUUCCUCCCAGCUUCCUUUGGCCAACACUUACUCAUUAUUACUUGGGUGUUCUGCUGAUCCUUUAAAAACACACACACACACACACACACACACACACACACACACACCCAGUUUUUCCGUAACAGCUGCAAAAUGCAAGAUCCAGAAGAGUGGAGGAGUUUUUUUAAGAUGUUAAGAGAAGUCCACGGCUCUUGGCCUUGUGCGUUGUGUUGCAGACUUGGAUUUUAGUGACUGACAAUAGCCUGGUGGCCCCUGGCCCUCUGGGAUAACUUGCUGAAGAACUGAGCAAGUUGACACUUUCCUCCCCCUGGUUCUUCUCAUUUCAAAACAGUGGUAGUCUUUAUUGUCACUCUUCGUUCCAUUGGUGUUUUAUAGCUUUUGUAGAGGCCACCCAGAGUAGAUGCUGUACGCGUUAGACAACGCGUACUUCCCAACGUCAUCCACCCAGCCAUGACGGACGUUUCUAGUGUCUCUGCCCAGCCCCAGAGGCACUGGGGGGUUUCCCUCGGUGAGCCCCGGUGCCCACCCCACAGAGGGAGGGCAGACAGCUCACUGUGUGGACGCCAAGGCCCAGCUGGUUCAACACAAAUCCAUUGGCCAAAGCCAUCCCAAAGCCCGAGUGCCAUUUUGAGAUGAACUGCUGGUGAUGCACAGUCUGGGAUGUAGCCCAGCAACCUUUCAUAAGAGUAUUUUUAAUAUCCAUAAUUUACUUCCCUGACCCAGGUUAGUUUGGCUAAAUCGAUAACGUCCCGAGUAGCUCACUAAUUUUAACUAGUUUUGUUGGAUGCAGUGGAUCCGUGCCCGGCCUCGCGUGUGUCAGGAGCACACGGGAGUGUACCCUUCCCCUGGAUGGAUGUAACUGUUGACACGAAGGUGGACAAUGUGUGUCUGGGACAACUUUCUAAUAAAUGUAUUUUGUUUCUGUCUGAUUAUGAA